UUUCACGUGCGGAACGCGUCAGUACUAGAGAGAGCUCCGUCUGCACAGAGAGUGAAUCGGUGUGGACUCGAUACCAGCUCUUCAAAGCGCACGUGUUUUUCCAGGGACAAAAUGGCCGACAACAUCAGCAACACCAGUGAUGACGUCACAGGAAUCCCAGGAUUCUGCAGUCCGGUUGGAUGGGGGCCUACCCAGCCUGGUGGCCUCCUCACGCCUUGCCUUGUAAACGUUCUCCUGUAUAACCUCGUGUACGUGCCAGUCUUAGGCUACUGCAUCCAUCGCUCUAUCAAAGUCUUCAGAAGGGCGUCCUACUCACAGCCGCCAUAUUUGCGCCAUUUUUGGAAGAUCGUCUUUGCCGCAAUCGUCCUGUUGAGCGCUAUUAUCGAGUUUGUUCUAAACCUCGUGUACAGGGUGCAAAAUCAGACUCAUCUGGCUCACGUGCUUAUCCAUGGUAUCGUGGAGAUCAUCACGUGGUCCAUGUACAUUGUGACGAUCCUAGCCGAAGCCACGAGGUUUCAUGACAACAACAAGUUUCUGUUGUACUUUCAGAAAGUCAUCUUCAUUCCAGCCACUAUCGAGAUCUAUGGCAUCAAUCAGGGCAAGUUCGGGUCAUUAACAGUGGGGGAAGUUGUGAUCUUCAAGAUCAAGUACGCCUUCAUCUUCAUGACCACGUUGUGGUCCUUUCUACGGUACUAUGUUGAGUUCGGGUACCGCCACCUUCGUCCGAUCGAUUUUGUGUACGAACCAGUGCCUGCAGACGACAGCGAGCACAACGGCCACACGGUGGAUGGUCGAUUGCUGCUUCCUGGGUACAAACUUCUGAGCGCCCAAAACCACAGGCAAGACGUAGAAGGUGGAUACACACACGAGAGGGGCUACUAUGAGAACUGGAAGGGGGUCAAGUUUGGAGCGAAAUGUAUGCUGGCACCUGCAAACAAAGAAGAAGUCAUCAGGAUUGUAAAAAAGGCGGGUGGCGAAGGACAGAAGGUGCGCAUCAUCGGAUCUGGUCACAGCGAUGACUCCAUCUUGACAACAAGCGGUUACCUCGUUAGUUUACACAAGAUGAAGGAAAUCAUUUCCGUCACAAAAGUCCAUAACUGCUUCACGCCGGAAGGAGACCAGUGCUACGACGUCACCGUCCAGGCGGGGAAGUACUUGAAGGAGUUUUUCGAGGAGUUGGCUGAGAAGUACGACGUCUGCCUGCCGAUAGCAGGGGACAUCAACGAACAGAGCGUGGCGGGAAUCAUCGCUACUGGCAGCCACGGGUCGGGCGGCAGGUUCCCCUCCAUCUCCAACUACGUCAUCGGCUUGGAGAUCAUCAAGGCAGAUGGGGAGAUUUUGAAGGUGACACAGGAAGACCCGAGACUGUUGGAUGCGGUGCGCGUGCACCUUGGUGUGUUCGGUGUCGUCACAGAAGUUACGCUUCGCUGCGUGCAAAACUAUCACAUCAAGAAGAUAAGACGGGGUCGGGUCAUGGAUGAGGUGUUGGGCGAGCUGGAGACGAAACUGAGGGACAACGAACAUUUCGAGUUCUUCUACUUUCCACACACAGACAAGUGUCAGACGGUAUCUAGUCACAGAUGUUAUUGUAAAGAAAACGACGACCCGAACGAUGACUGUGUGGAGCCCAACAAGUUCAGCACCUUCACGACGUGGUAUGUGGAGAACUUCGUCCUCCUGGCCGUCCACCGGUUCGCCAACUACUUCACUAGUAUGACGCCGUGGACAAUGAAGUUUCAGACCCUGUUUCUUGACUCCACUCCUAUUUCCGGUCCCACCACCCUGGUGCAGUCUGGGAACGUCAGGCUCGAGAGGUUCUCGGAGAUCGAGAUUGCCAUACCGUACGAGAGGUGCAAGGAGGCGUUUCAAGAGAUCAAAGACCUUAUUGAGGAGGCCAGAAACUGGCAGGAGCCGUACAUGUGUAACCAGAUCAUCGAGGUUCGCUUCUCUCGGGGAGAGACCAGCUACCUCAGUCCGCUCUACCUGCAGAAAUUACCAGAAAGACCAAAAGGCGAAGAGUGGCGACCAGACUUCAUGUGGAUCUCACUAAACGCCUACGACGAGGGGACAGCUUACAGGAGGUUCUUCUUACUGACGCAAAAUAUCUUGAUUGACAAGUACGGCGGACGCCCUCACUGGGGCAAGCAGACCUACAUGUCGGCACGACAGCGUGGCCGAUGUUUCCCGAAGUUUACCGACUUCGUGGAGGAACGCCUGAAACACGAUCCGACCGGCAUGUUCGUCAACAGCUACCUGGCCGACGCCUUCCUCCCCGAGGGCAACGUGUGCGGCACGACGUGUGUGUGUAAAGGGCCUUGCCAUUGUGCCAUUCUGUCGGGUUUGCAUUCCCCACCAGUUAGAGAGUGUCCUGUGGAUGUUUUCCGCUUUGAAACUGUUCGGGAAAGUGAUGUGUAAUUAAUAACUAUUUGUCAACAGACAUUUAGAGUUUAGAGAAUUCUUUAUGUGACCAGACCAAGUGUCAAGUUGAUUUGUACCUUGAAAGCGAUGCAAGAAUGUACAUAAUUCUCUACAUUGCAUUUUGUGAUUGAAUCCCUUUUUGGACUACAGAUUCUGUUCAGUAACUGACGAAAGACAGUGGAUGCUAAUUGAAAUAUCUAACUGUUUAGAAACUUAUCCUGCUGCUUGAACAAUUUUGUAUUGAGUACACUGUAUAAGGUUUUUUAGUCAUGGGUUCAGUUUGUAAAAUAAUAAUUUUCUUCUAACAUAUUACUCAACAUUCACUGACGAUGCUAAGCAAGGAACUUUUUGACAGCUGAUAGAAUUAACCAUGAUUCAAGACAAUGUUUUGUACUAUUCCAGAACUUGGGUAAUUUCUUGGUAAUACAUGUACUUGUUUGUAUAAUUAGCAGAUACUUUGGUACCAAGAAGUAACAGAUUUACUCAUGAUAGAAAGAUAAUCCUUUUUACUUCAGCUACUAGUUUAAUGCACCAAGGACAAGAUGCUUGUGUUACAUUAAGAAAGUAUAUAUUUCACUGGGUAUUUGAAAUA